AUGUCUCCGAGAAAUAGACAGACUGCCCAGAUGCAUGGCCUGGUUGGGAAGCCUUUGCUCUAUUUCACAAGCGUCUUCGUGUCGUUAGGCGUCUUCCUUUUUGGCUACGAUCAAGGCGUCAUGUCUGGAAUUAUUACGGGCUGGUAUUUCAAAGAUUACUUCGAUCAACCAUCGCGAGCUGCUAUUGGCACAGUGGUCGCCAUACUCGAAGUGGGUGCGUUCAUCUCGUCAUUACUCGUUGGGCGGAUUGGCGAUUUGAUAGGGCGCCGCAAAACCAUUCUUUAUGGCUCUAUCGUGUUUUUCAUCGGGGGCGCUUUCCAGACGCUAGCAACUGGGCUGCCGAUGAUGAUGCUUGGCCGUAUAAUUGCGGGAUUGGGUGUCGGGGCAUUAUCGACGAUUGUGCCCGUCUAUCAGUCUGAGAUAUCGCCACCUCAUAGCCGAGGUAAGCUAGCAUGCAUUGAAUUCACUGGCAAUAUAUCGGGAUAUGCAGCCAGUGUCUGGGUGGAUUACUUCUGUAGCUUUAUUGAUAGCAACUACGCAUGGCGAUUGCCACUGCUGUUUCAGUGCGUCAUGGGUGCCCUCCUUGGCUUAGGAAGUUUGAUUAUCUGCGAAUCUCCCAGAUGGUUAUUGGAUAAUGAUCAUGACGAAGAGGGCAUGGUAGUCAUUGCCAACCUCUAUGGAGAGGGCGACCUACACAAUGAUAAAGCGCGACAAGAAUAUAGGGAUAUCAAGAUGGACGUUCUUCUUCAGCGACAAGAGGGAGAACGAUCUUACACCGAUAUGUUCAGGCGUUACCGCAAACGAGUCCUUAUUGCGAUGUCAGCACAGGCGUUGGCACAGCUGAAUGGCAUUAAUGUGAUAUCCUACUAUGCACCUCUUGUCUUUGAAUCGGCGGGAUGGGCAGGUCGUGAUGCCAUCUUGAUGACGGGCAUCAACGGGCUUACUUAUCUCGCAUCUACGAUCCCCCCGUGGUAUCUGGUGGACCGUUGGGGAAGACGCCCAAUUCUGCUCUCUGGCGCGGUUGCCAUGGUUGUGUCUUUGUCACUGAUCUCAUACUUCAUCUACAUCGACGUUGCGGCGACUCCAACUCUCACCGUUGUCUUCGUUAUGAUCUAUAAUGCUGCCUUUGGGGCAUCAUGGGGUCCAAUUCCCUGGCUCUAUCCUCCUGAAAUUCUCCCAUUGAGUAUCCGUGCCAAGGGAGCCAGUCUUAGCACAGCCACUAAUUGGGCGUUCAACUGGCUUGUCGGGGAGGUUACCCCUGUGCUUCAAGCCGUGAUCAAAUGGCGACUUUACCUAGUCCAUGCCUUCUUCUGCGCUUGUAGUUUUGUGCUUGUGUAUUUUCUCUACCCUGAGACGAGUGGCGUUCGUCUCGAGGACAUGGAUGUGCUCUUCGGGGACGCAACAACUGCAAUGCCGACGCCUGCAACCCAGGGGGAGCGUGGGUCUCUUGUGGGCGCUGGUUCGCCCAUUCCUUCCCUCGAUAUUAGACGGCAAUAUGGCAACUUCGGGGCGGAGAGUGCCAUUCCCGGCUUAGAUAUUGAUCCUCCAAAUAUAAGCACCGGCGAUAGCCCCAAAUCAGGAUCUCGCUUGAUGGGUGAAAGAGGUGCUCGAUCCGAGGGCUUUGGCGGUUGGAUCACAAAUAUGGUCAGCCGUCACAAGGGUCCGAUGUCAACUGCAAGAGGCAGUCAAUAUAGGCGACUUGGACAAGAGGAGGAUGUAACUGAAUAG